UCAUCUCUCAAAAUCCCUACAAUAAAAAAACAACAAAACCACUUACCUAACUUCCUUCUUCAUUUGUUGUCGCUUCUUCUUCUUCGUUAUGGACAAAAAUUUCUUCUACACCGCCGGAUUUCCAACGGCGCUCUACUUCGAACCAACCACGCCAUGGCAGAACCCUCUUCCUCCGUCUUCGGAGCAGUCGCCUGACUGUUUCCUCACUCCAACAUGGGACAAGUCAACGGAACCCUUUUCCAAUUUUGAUUCUGCCCUAAGCUCCAUGGUUUCCUCUCCCGGAGCUUCCAAUUCCGCCAUUUCAGCCGACGGACUCGCCAUACAGGAACUCAUUGGGAAACUCAGGACCAUCGAUAACAAUUCUUCCGAGGUUUCCACCCCGCCGUCGCACCCAUUCAUGGCGGCGAAGACACCGUAUUUGGGAAACAUCAAUGCGUGCAGUUCUGUGUACACCACGCCGUUGAAUUCUCCUCCUAAGUUACAAUUACCUAUUAUGAAUCAAUUGGUGAAAGGAAAUACAUCUAUGACCCCUAAUUUACCGGCUCUCUCGGCUGCUGAUCCUGGGUUUGCCGAGAGAGCUGCUAAGUUUUCCUGCUUCGGCAGUCGCAGUUUCAAUGGUAGAACCAGCCAAUUUGGUGGAACGAGUAAUGUUGACUUACCUUACAGAUCUGGUCCCUUGAUAAGUAACGGAGGAAAGUUGCAUAGAGUUUUGAGCAGUCCUUCCUUGAAGGUAGCUGGAUCAUCCCCCCCAGUUUCCAAGAAUUUAACAGAAAUGAGAUCCACAGAUACAAAAAUGGAAGAACCCUCUGCUUCUGAAUUGAAUUCCAGGAAAAGAAAGUCCGUUUCAAAGGGGAAGCCAACCCUUCGUCAGCCUGCAAAUGCUGGCAAGGCUGCAGAGAAAAAUGGUGAAGGAAAUGGGAAGCGAUCGAAGUCGAGUGAAAAUGGAGGCAUUAAAGUAGAGAAUGAUUCUUGUAACAUGAGCAGUGGUAGUGAUGGUGGAAAAGAGAAGCAGGAAGAGGCACCUAAAGACUAUAUUCAUGUGAGAGCAAGAAGAGGGCAAGCCACAGACAGCCAUAGUUUAGCUGAAAGGGUACGUAGAGAGAAAAUCAGUGAAAGAAUGAAGCUUCUCCAAGAUUUAGUUCCAGGAUGCAAUAAGGUAACUGGGAAAGCAGUUAUGUUGGAUGAAAUCAUAAGCUAUGUUCAACAAUUGCAGCAGCAGGUGGAGUUUCUAUCUAUGAAGUUAGCCUCAGUGAACCCAACAUUAGAGGGUCUGUUCACAAAGGAUGGCUUAUCAUCUCAUCAUCCCCAUCCAGCAGCUGCAUACCACCACCACCACCAUUUAGAUAACUCGGCGGCAGCAGCAACAAUUAAUUUGUUUGGGCAACAGAACCAAUAUUUACAUAAUAAUUCACAAGUAGAAGAAGAAGCCAAUACUAAUACUAAUAAUAUUGAUGAAUUUGGGCAAGGUCAUCUUCUUCCAAAGUUGCCUUCAUUCAGUGAAGAUGAUUUGCAUAGCCUUGUGAUGAUGGGUUUUGGACAAAAGACAAACAACAGAACAUCAUCAUCAUCAUCCGAACUGAAACUAGAGCUGCUAUGACCCAACCAACCAAGCCUAUGUUGUGGUAUGGUCUGGUCUGGUCCUGGUGUAUAUAAUAAAUAAUAUAUAGAAAAGAGAAUCAAUCAAUCAAUUAUUCUAAUCCAUGGGACAUUAUAUAAUUAACUAAUGGAGGACAACUAGCUAAGCUAAGCUAAUCCCACCUAUCAUUAUUAAUUAUUAGUAGUAGUAGUUGCUAGCUAGCUAGCUUGCUCUAGCCAGGUCUAAAAUUGUAAUAAAAAUUAAACCAUUUUUGUUUCUCAUGUAUAAUUAAUUUUUCCUCAUUAUUAGACAUUAAACCCACCUUCAACUUUCUAUCAUCUUUAAAUAUGUUUGUUGAUUGU